AGCCACGGUAUCUUCAGUCAGAGAAUCUUCGACUAUUGUAUUGUGGAUGAAGCAUCGCAGAUCACACUUCCUGUGUGUCUAGGCCCGAUCCGAAUGGCAAGGACGUUCAUCCUUGUCGGUGAUCACUAUCAGCUACCGCCGUUGGUGCAGAACAAAGAAGCUCAAGAAGGUGGUCUCGAUGUCAGUCUUUUCAAGCUACUUUCCGAUGCCCAUCCAGAGUCGGUUGUCAACCUGGAGCAUCAAUACCGCAUGUGCGAAGACAUCAUGCUUCUUUCCAACAACCUCAUCUACUCAGGUCACCUCAAGUGCGGUACCCCGGAAGUUGCCGUACGCUCUCUGAAAAUCCCCAACAUCAACGGGAUCAAGCAGCAUCACCACAGCCAGAUUCCCCCGACUCCAAAUCAGAAACAGAUCUGCCUGGGUACAAGCCAAGGCCGCUGCUGGCUGCGCGAUCUCGUGGAUCCGUCAGCCAAGACCCGCCUGGUCAAUACAGACACCCUUUUCGCGCCUGCGCUGGACGAAACCAACGGCUCCCGGAUUGUGAACCCGACCGAGGCCAAGCUCUGCACCCAGCUCGUGGAGGCCUUCAUCUCCUGCGGCAUUUCCGCCCGGAGCAUCGGGGUCAUCACCUUCUACCGCAGCCAACUGUCCCUCCUCAAGCUCAACCUCAGCCGUCACCUCCCGGACCUCGAGAUGCACACCGCCGACAAGUUCCAGGGCCGAGACAAGGAGAUCGUGAUCCUGAGCUGCGUCCGGAGCAACGCCGACAACCACGUCGGCGACCUCCUCCGCGACUGGCGCCGCGUCAACGUCGCCCUGACCCGCGCCCGCACCAAGCUGCUCGUGGUCGGCAGCAAGAGCACCCUGCGCGACGGCAACGAGCUCCUCGGCAAGUACGUGAAGCUGGUCCAAGACCGCGGGUGGAUCUACGACCUGCCGAAGAAUGCCCUCGAGAACCACGUCUUCGAAUCCGACAACCUCAUGGGCUCAACGCAGGCUUCGUCGGUGCAUGGAAGAGCCGCAGCAACGCCGAGUCCGACCAAAAAGAGCUCCCCCGUUUCUGCUGCUGGCCGAAAGUCCGGCGUCCGCAAACCGCUGAGUCCCGUGCAGGCACGACUCACGCCACAGGGUCUGAGGAAACCGGCCAAGAAGGGGGCAAAACUGAUGAGUGGGAACAAGGUCCUUGGAAAUCGACCGGUGCUGCAGGAUGUGGUCAAUGACCUGGUCGGAUGAUUUGUUUGUGUUUGUGUUGUGUUUUUG